GUCCAGUCUUCGGCCAGAGUUGCAGGCAUCAGCAAGGGACCUACGCUUUGCAGUAUCGUCAAGUCACCGCCGCCACCAUGAGGGUCCCGUUGUUGGUGGUGCUGGCCGUGGCCAGUGUAGCGGCCUCGCCCGUCAGAGACGCUGCCGACGCAGAGGGGCUCGCCGCGGCUCCGGCAGAGGCAGCGCUGGACGCCGAAGUGUUCGGCGCUGACCCCGGCCAGCGCACGGACCGCGAGAAGCGGCUUCUCCUCGAACACAAGGUACAGAUUGGCAACCACGUCAAGAAUGCCGUGCUCAACCUCAUCUUCGGGAAAAUCAACUCUGUCAUCGACUCGAAGAACGCCCUGAUCGGCGUCUUCGAGCGCGCCAACGCCGCCAAGAACCUGGCCCUGCUCGGGCCGGGCACCCAGGCGCCGCCCGCGGGCUCCGGCAUCAAGGGACUCCUCGGCGGCUUCCUCAGCUCGUCGGCGGGGUCCUCCCUGCCGUCCUUCGGCAGCCUCAGCGGCAGCAGCAGCGGCGGCGGCGGCGGCGCGGACGCCGGCACCAUAGAACAAUGUGAUAUGUAA